GGAAUAUCAAACAGAUGAUUAAAUUAACACAAGAACAUAUAGAGGCACUGCUAGACAAAUUUGGAGGAGAGCAUAACCCACCAUCGAUAUAUUUAGAGGCCUAUGAAGAGUACACCAGCAAACUAGAUGCUCUACAGCAGAGAGAACAGCAGUUAUUGGAAUCCAUGGGGAAUGGAACUGAUUUCUCUGUCUCCAGUUCAGCUUCAACAGACACAGUUGCAUCAUCUUCCUCCUCUAGCCUCUCUGUAGCACCUUCAUCCCUUUCGGUUUAUCAAAACCCUGCUGAUAUGUCACGGAAUAACCCCAAGUCUCCACAGAAGCCUAUUGUUAGAGUCUUCCUGCCCAACAAGCAAAGGACUGUGGUUCCAGCAAGAUGUGGGGUGACAGUCCGAGACAGCCUAAAGAAAGCGCUGAUGAUGAGAGGUCUUAUUCCAGAAUGCUGUGCUGUUUACAGAAUACAAGAUGGAGAGAAGAAGCCAAUUGGCUGGGACACGGACAUUUCCUGGCUCACGGGAGAGGAGUUGCAUGUGGAAGUCUUGGAGAAUGUGCCACUCACAACACACAAUUUUGUACGAAAAACAUUCUUCACGUUAGCAUUCUGCGACUUUUGUCGAAAGCUGCUUUUCCAGGGAUUCCGGUGCCAGACAUGUGGCUACAAAUUUCACCAGCGCUGUAGUACAGAAGUACCACUGAUGUGUGUUAAUUAUGACCAACUUGAUUUGCUGUUUGUCUCCAAGUUCUUUGAACAUCACCCCAGACCGCAGGAGGAGGCCUCCUUCUCCUUAGGAGAGACCACCCCAGCAUCUGGAUCGUACCCCUCAGUGCCCCCUUCAGAUUCUGUUGGACCACCAAUUCUCCCUAGUCCUUCUCCUUCAAAAUCCAUUCCAAUCCCACAGCCCCUCCGACCAGCAGAUGAAGACCAUCGGAAUCAAUUUGGGCAACGCGACCGAUCCUCUUCAGCUCCCAAUGUUCACAUCAAUACAAUCGAGCCAGUCAAUAUAGAGGACUUGAUUAGAGACCAGGGUUUACGAGGAGAGGGAGGUUCAACUGCAGGUUUGUCUGCAACACCUCCUGCCUCUUUGCCUGGGUCACUCACCAAUGUGAAAGCGUUACAGAAAUCACCAGGACCCCAACGGGAAAGGAAAUCAUCCUCAUCCUCAGAAGACAGAAAUAGAAUGAAAACCCUUGGUCGGCGGGAUUCAAGUGAUGAUUGGGAGAUACCAGAUGGACAGAUCACAGUUGGACAAAGGAUAGGAUCUGGAUCAUUUGGAACAGUCUACAAAGGAAAGUGGCAUGGUGAUGUGGCAGUGAAAAUGUUGAAUGUUACGGCACCCACACCUCAACAGUUACAGGCUUUUAAAAAUGAAGUAGGAGUGCUCAGGAAAACACGACAUGUGAAUAUCCUGCUUUUCAUGGGUUAUUCAACAAAACCCCAGUUGGCUAUUGUUACACAAUGGUGUGAGGGGUCCAGCUUAUAUCACCAUCUACACAUCAUUGAGACCAAAUUUGAAAUGAUCAAGCUAAUUGAUAUUGCACGACAGACUGCACAAGGCAUGGAUUAUUUGCAUGCCAAGUCAAUCAUCCACAGAGACCUCAAGAGUAAUAAUAUUUUUCUUCAUGAAGACCUCACAGUAAAAAUAGGUGAUUUUGGUCUAGCUACAGUGAAAUCACGAUGGAGCGGAUCCCAUCAGUUUGAACAGUUGUCUGGAUCUAUUCUAUGGAUGGCACCGGAAGUUAUUAGGAUGCAAGAUAAAAACCCAUAUAGUUUUCAGUCAGAUGUGUAUGCGUUUGGGAUUGUUCUUUAUGAAUUGAUGACUGGACAGUUACCAUACUCAAACAUCAACAACAGGGACCAGAUAAUUUUUAUGGUGGGAAGAGGAUACCUAUCUCCAGACCUCAGCAAAGUACGGAGCAACUGUCCAAAAGCUAUGAAGAGACUAAUGGCAGAAUGCUUAAAAAAGAAAAGAGACGAGAGACCCCUUUUUCCACAGAUUCUUGCCUCCAUUGAGCUUCUGGCCCGGUCAUUGCCAAAAAUUCACCGCAGUGCAUCUGAGCCCUCAUUAAACCGGGCUGGCUUCCAGACAGAGGAUUUUAGUCUAUAUGCUUGUGCUUCUCCAAAAACACCCAUCCAAGCAGGGGGAUACGGAGAAUUUGCAGCGUUCAAGUAGCCACAGCACCAUGGCAGCACCCACUCUGUUAUUUAAGUCUUGUGUUCCUACAGUUUCUUAACAUCAAAAACUCUGUUCUGCUCCACAAAACCUAAAGUAAUUUAGAAAAGAUAUCCAUAAGCUUAAAAGUGGAGCAGAAUGGAACUGCCAGUCCAACACAAUGGGAAAAAGUACCUUUUUGGGAACCAGAAUCCUCUGCUGCCAGUGUUUCUCCUUCAACACAAACCACCGCGUGCAUUCGGAGACCCGCAGUGGCUGCCUGUGCCGUUGGCAUCAUUCCCAGGAGAGAGGAGAGGGCGCUCGUGGUUUGACUGUGGUGCUCGGGCAUGAGGGGAUGGAACUGCUGCUGCAACUUAGGAGACUUGCUUUGGAUGGUCUGCCGGUCGGCUUUCUCCCUCUAACAACGUACCAUCAGAGGCUGAAAACCUGAUGAGUACUAAUUUAAAAGAAUCAUCCUCCGUUCUGAUCUUUUUUUUUUUUCCUGGUGUACUCACUGAUUUAUGGACAAUGCAGUAUCCCCUUUUCACUGUAUUACAAUGUCAAACACUUAAAUCUGUCUAUAUUAUUGGGUUUUAUUCCAGCAAAAUGAAAAAUGUGGGGUGAUGGGAGCUGGAGAAGAUGUUACUCUAAAGGCGAAGAGGUUAAUCUGAAGCAAAAGGGGAUGCUGCUGCACCUUUUUUCAGAUUUACUUUAUCACUUCUUCAAAAAACAAACAAAAACCACCAACCUUAACCUUUUUCCUUUUCCAGCAUUUUCUUGGUGUGUGCAUAGACAACAUCUUUUAGAAGGAUUAGGUAGAUCCUUCUUUUGUUGGUCCAGCAACAAACUGAAGUUUA